ACAUUUGAAUGUAAUAUUAUAUUCUGUGAUGAUUGGUAAUAAAUGUGAAUUUUAUUUGUAUAAUAAAAUAAUAAUAUCCAGUUUUUAUUGAUGAUUUUAACUAUUACUAUUUAGACGCUUAUAUAUUAUUUUUAAUCGUAAUUACAUGCGUUCAAGUAAAUCCACUGAUAACAUACUUAGGUGUAGUACUGAGCGGCCAUACGAGUAGUACUUGUUAAUGUUAUGUGUGAUGUAGCCGUUUGAAGCUGUAUACUGUAAAUUUUAGAAUGUCGUUUUAGAGUUGUUUAAAAAUGAUGGAUCCCAAUAAUUUACCUCACCAUGUGUAUCUACACAAAGACCACAAAUACAAAUUGAAACUUGGUUUUCAUGCAGCACCUAGCAAUCCAAAAGCGUUUUCAAAGGCUAUUAGAGAUGAACUUCAAAAUUUAAAGUUUACAUACUGUUCUGAUUUAAAUGGACUGAUUAUGGGAUUUGGUAAAAUAAGUUCAAAUGAACUUAUUCCAGCUGAUAUCCGACAUUGUAUCAGUGUAGUUGUCAAUGUUGAUGUUUAUAUAUUCAGACCUCCAGUUGGAUCUAUAAUUGAAGCUAUAGUAAACCAAACUAGUGAUAAUCAUGUCAGUUGUUUAGUACACAAUUUGUUCAACGUUUCAAUAGUACGACCUGAAAAUGAACCGUAUGACCAGUGGUCAGGAUCUAAAAUUAAAAAGGAUGAUAAGAUUGAUGUUAAAGUUUUAUCUUUUGAUCUCACAAAAAAACUUCCUCAUAUUACAGGAGAAAUAAUUAAAAAGAAGGAUGAAUGUCACAGCCUUAUAAAUACACAAGACAGUUCUCCUAAAUCUUCAUUCUCAAAAAAUGUUGUAAGUGAUUUUACUAAAUCUUUUAAUAAGAAUACUGUAAGUCCUUCAAAAUCUUCAUUAAGUGAUUCUGAAUCUUCAACUGAUAUAAACAAUAUAAGUAUGCCUAAAAUACGUGCUGAUGAAUCUACCAAAACAUCACCAUUAUCAAUUAAUACCACUAUUAAACAUGCAGAAAAGGUAGAUCUUACAGUUAGUCCUUUAAUUUCCUCAAAACUUUCAUCAAGUGAUUCUGAGUCUUCAGUUGAAAUGAACAAUAUGAUAACUAGUUCUAAAUUAUGUGAUAAUAAAUCUACUAACAAAUCACCUGUAACCACCAAUACUGUUAUACAACAUAAGGAUACUGCUGAUAGUUCUUCAGAAUUUUCAGAAAGUGAUUCUGAAUUUUCUUCUAAAAUGAAAGCUAUGUUAUCCAGUAUCAAAGAAGGCCAUACAAAUAAAUCUUCUAGAACAUCAUCCAGUAUUCGCAACAGCAUUAACAAUAAUAAUCACAUUGAAAGUCCAUUAUUUAGUUCUACUCCUAUUUCAAAUUCUGAACAUUCAGUAAAUAGCAUCAAUUUAAUUAGAAAUAAGCAAUUAGAACAAUUAAAAAAACAUUUGGCUAAAAAAAGUAUUGAAAAAAAAAAGUCAUUGGCUUCCGUUAAAUUACCUAAUCCGUUAGCUAAAAAUAAACAUUCUCAAUCUUUAAACAUUUUAGAAAAUAGUAAAAAUAACUAUAACAAUGAUAAUCAACUUAAAAUAAUUGCUGAUUCCGUUAAUAAUAAUGAAAAUUCAGAUGAUGCUAAUAAAAUAAAUCAUAAUAAUAGCCAUCAAAGUAAUUCUAGUAUAAGUGACAGUGAACUUGGACAAAAAAACAUCUUGGUUAAUAAUUCAUUUUCAAACAAACCUGGAAAAUCUAAAAAAACAACUAAAAAACAUCAAAAAUCAAAUGAAAUAGUAAAUGCAAUUUUGAAUUCAAUUAGUACAAAUAAGAUGAAACCUAAUGCUUAUAUUACCAAACAUUUGGUUAAUUCUAAUAAUGAAUGUAGUAAAGACAAUCAAGAAGAAAACACAGUGUAUACUCAACAUGAAUAUAAUUUAGAUAAAGAAAUGCUUAAUGAUUGCAAAAAUUCAAAUGAACAAGCAGUUAAAAAUUCGUUGAAGUUAAGUUUGAGUACUAAAAAUAUUAAAAAAAAAGAUACUCCUCAAAAGAAAGAUACAGAUGAUUGUAAAAACCAAAUUAAAAGUGAAAAAUUUAAAGAAAGUUUGAAACCAACAUUAUCAAUGAUAUCCGAUUCAGAUAGUAACUGUAGUAGAGAUCAUAAAUUAUCUAUAAAAGAUUUUAGCCAUACAAUUGAUGUUAAUGAAAAAAUUGAAAAUGAAACAAGUAGCUCUGAUGAUGAAAUUUAUUCAAAACUUAAACAAAAUAUAUCAAAAACACAAAUAAAUACAAGCCAUUUGAACGAAAAACCUAAAAGUCAAUCACUUCUUUAUAAUCAAAUAAAUUAUAGUACGGAUGAAAGUGAUUCGUCUGCUAAACUUUUUUGUAACACAUCUAAGUUAUCUUCAAAGUCAAUUAAAUCAAAUAAAACAACACAUAACUCUAUUAAUAUAUCAGAAACCGAUAGCUGUAACAAAAGUUAUAAUAAUUUAUUAUCAAAUGAAAAAACAUUUAAAAAAUGUAAAAAAAAAAAAAAAGUUAAUGAAACAUCUGUACUUCCUCAAUUGUCCAAUGAAAUUGUUAAUAAAAUGGAUAUUAUUAAACAUAUUUUAGAAAAAGAUUCUAGUAGUGAUAAUGAAGUUACAGAUCUUAAAAACAAAACUAGUGAUGAGAAACAACAAGUUAAUGAAAAAAAUUCUAGAAAAAAACCAAUUAAAAAUGUAUCAAAACCAAAUAAAAAUAAUGGAGAAUUAAAUACAGACAUUUCAAACCCAUUUUUAAAAGUAUAUACUACAAAUGUGACAAGCUCAAGUUCUGAUGAUGAAACAUUUGAUGUAAAUUUAAAGAAAUCAAAAGUCAAAUCAUCUGGGAAAAAAAAUGUUAUUCCAUUAGUAAAUGAAGAAAAGAAAAAAAAUAUUUUAAUAAAUCAAGUAUUGACUUCUUUAAAACGUAAUAAUAAAAAACAAAAGUUAUCUGUUUCGCAGACUAACUUAAAUGCAUCUGAAAUUAAUGACACAAUAACAAAAGAUAAACCUUUACUUAAUACUAAAAAUAAAAAAGAUGUUUUAAAAAAUAUAAAAAUUUCUAUUGGAAAACAAAAACCUUAUGUGUCGAAUUUAAAUGUACACCAAAAACAUAAUUUGUCACAAUUAAAUACACAGCCUUCUGAUGAUGACAAUACUAAUGAUGAGAAAGAUGUUAUAAAAAAAAUCUUGAAAAAACGAAAACUUAAGAAAACUAAAAAAGCUGAUAUACUAGAACAAACUAUGAAAAUUAAUAUUCCAACAGAAUUAAAUAAACAGAAAGAAAUCAAAAAAAAUUUGCAUAUAAGAUCAAAAUCUCCAAAAAAUUCAAUUACAAAUGAAGAAAAGUGUGAUAAAAUAAAAAAUAAGAAGAAAAAAAGAAAAAAUAAGGAUUUUCUCUUAAACAGUAUAAUAAGUGCUUUAGAUGAUUCUUUAAGUGAUCAUCCUCCUUCAAAAAAGAAAAAAAAAGUUCAUGCUUUGGCUGUUGAAUCAUAUGAUUCUAAGGAUAAAAAUUCUGAUGGUAAUUUAUCAGAGGUUAAGAUAAAGAAAAAGAAAAAAUCCAAACAUAAAGAAGAUGUUAACUUAAGUGAUUUAACUGUGAAAGAUAAAAAAAAAAAAAAAUGUGAUUCAUUAUUAGAAUCUGUGUCAAAAAAUAUUCAAGAAAAUGAAGAUGACAAUACAUCUGUAAAAGUAACCAAAAAAAAAAAAGUUAAAAGUAAUCCUGUUUGCUAUGAAACUCAAAGCAUUACUACUAACAAACAGAGUAAAAUAAAUGAUAAACUGGAAGAUAAAAAAGUAAAAAAUACUGGAUCAAGUAAGAAAAAAACUAAAAAACUUUUGGAAAGUCAAAUAAAAAAUUUUAUAUUAACUCAAGAUAAUACACAUUUAGAUAAUUUAUAUAAUUUGCUAAGUUCA